AUGGCUGAAGUGGACCCUGAAACAUUACUAGAAUGGCUGCUCACUGGACAGGGCGAUGAGCGUGAUAUGCAGCUCAUUGCCCUUGAGCAACUUUGUAUGCUACUGCUCAUGUCAGAUAAUGUGGACAGAUGCUUUGAGAGUUGUCCUCCAAGGACUUUUUUGCCAGCUUUGUGUAAAAUAUUUCUUGACGAAUGUGCUCCUGACAAUGUGUUAGAGGUGACAGCAAGAGCUAUUACUUACUAUCUGGAUGUAUCAGCGGAAUGUACAAGGAGGAUAGUUGCAAUUGAAGGUGCUGUAAAAGCGAUAUGCAGUAGAUUACUUACAGUUGAUCCUAACAAUAGGACUAGCAAAGAUUUAGCUGAACAAUGUAUUAAAGUGUUAGAGUUAGUAUGUACCCGUGAAGCUGGGGCUGUGUGGGAGGGAGGUGGCUUACCAUCUGUUUUGCACUUCAUCACCCACCAUGGCACAUCUGUACACAAGGACACCCUUCACUCUGCGAUGGCAGUUGUAUCUCGAGUAUGCGGUAAAAUGGAACCGGGCGACGCUCGGGUCGGGGACGCAGUGUCGUCGUUAUCGGCUCUGCUGCGCCACAAUGACGUGCGCGUCGCGGAUGCGGCGCUUCGCUGCUUCGCGUCGCUCGCUGAUCGUUUCGCCCGAGCACACACCGACCCCGCACCAUUAGCCGAACACGGUCUUAUUGAGGAGUUAGUUCGUAGACUAGGAUCUACAGAAAGCUCAGAUGAAAAAUGCCUCAUGCCAUCAGUGUCUACCACUGUUAGUUUAUUGUCUACUCUCUGUAGAGGCUCAGCUCAGAUUACACACGAUCUAGUACGAUUAGACCUCUGUUCGGCAAUCGAGGCAGCGGUGCAAGCAGAUGAGCGUUGGUGUCUUGAGUGCAUGCGACUGGUUGACUUGCUACUCGUCCUAUUGUGUGAAGGACGACAUGCUAUACAAACCGGAACUAACCGGAACGGCGCAGCGUCCAGUUCGAGCGGCGAGGGCUCAUCGUCGUCGGCUCCAGGUCGUGAUAAGUCUCAUCGCCAACUGAUCGACUGCAUCCGAGGCAAGGACACGGACGCGCUCGUGUCGGCCGUAACCAGCGGCGCCGUCGACGUCAACUUCACGGACGACGUCGGGCAGACGCUGCUCAACUGGGCCGCGGCUUUCGGCACGCGCGAGAUGGUCGAGUUCCUCUGUGAAAAAGGUGCUGAUGUUAAUCGUGGUCAGCGUAGUUCGUCGUUGCAUUAUGCAGCAUGUUUUGGAAGACCAGCAAUUGCUAAAGUUUUGCUUCGCUAUGGUGCAAACGCUGAUCUCCGUGAUGAGGAUGGAAAAACACCAUUGGAUAAAGCUAGAGAGAGACACGAUCAAGGUCAUAGGGAAGUAGCUGCUAUUUUACAAUGUCCCGGGGAGUGGCUGGUCGUCAGUAAUCAAGAUUCACCAGUAUCGAGUAACGAUGAAGAUUUUCCAGACUCGGGCGACAAAGAGAUGGCGGCUAUAUAUUUGGAGCGGCUGGUGCCGGUGUUCUGCGCGCGCUACGUGGGCGCGGGCGGCGCGGGCGUGCGGCGCGCGUGCCUGUCGCUGGUGCGCAAGAUGGUGCACUACGCGCCCGCGCCGCGCCUGCGCGCGCUGUCCUCGCCGCGCGCCGCCGCGCUGCUGGCGCGCCUCGUGGCGCAGGUGCUGGACGCGCAGGGCGCGGCCGAGGCGCCGCGGGCGCCGGCGCGCGUGCUCCGCAGCCGCUAUAUCCGCCCGCCGCCGGAUGAUGAUGAUGGACACUUAACAGUCCUCGGAAUCGCAGAGGAGCUUAUGGUAAAAGCUGCCGAUAUUUAUUUGGAGCAAUUUGCGCGACUCGGCGUUUUUAGUAAAGUGGAAGCCCUAGCCGCCACUCCGGCAGAACAACUUUCAGCCGACGGGGAGACCGUCAUAACUGCAGGCGGCGAGGACGCCACGAGCCUGAGCAGCGGCUGCGCGUACUGCUGGGGCGACUGGUCGCUGUGCCGCGGCCGCGACGCGCUGUACGCCUGGAGCGACGCGGCCGCGCUCGAGCUCAGCACGGGCUCCAACGGCUGGUUCCGCUUCCUGCUGGACGGCAAGCUGGCCACCAUGUACUCCAGCGGCAGCCCCGAGCACCAGACCGACAACACGGAAAAUCGUGGUGAAUUCAUCGACAAACUGCAAAGAGCACGAGCAUCGGUAAAGAAUUCUGUACCUCAAAGUAUUUUAUCGAAACCGGGCCCAACCAAACUGAUUCUUGGUAACUGGGUACUAGUGUGUAAAAAAGAAAAAGAGCUUCAUAUACACAAUACUGAUGGGCAACAGCAAACAACUAUCUUGCGAGAAGAUUUGCCAGGAUUCAUUUUUGAAUCUAAUCGAGGCACUAAGCAUUCAUUCACCGCCGAGACAUUUUUAGGACCAGAGCUAGCCAGUGGCUGGGCGGAUCGUAGACCGACGGCACCGAGUAAUGGAAAUUCAAAUCAAAAUCGUAGUCGUCUCUCAGCAAAAACUGAAGCACAGAAGGCUCAGGUGGGCGAGCGCGCGCGGGCGCUGUUCGCGCGCCACCUGGCCGGCGCCGCGGGCCGCCAGCCGCGCGCGCCCGUGGCCCGCCUGCGCGCGCUGCUGGCGCGCCUCACGCGCCUCGCCGAGCGACCCGGUGACUGGCAGCGUGAACUCCGAGAGUCGUUGGAUCAGCUGACAGAGCUCCUGUGCCAAGAAGAACUUUUGUCUGCUUAUGAGCUGCAAUCCUCUGGUCUUGCGCCGGCUCUACUCCAAGUUUUGUCACCUCAACCGAACGACAAACCCGGUCAACUACGCGAACGCGAGCGUAUCGUGAGGUCGUGGGCGUUCGCGGGCGCGGGUGAGGGCGGGGCGGAGGGCGGCGUGGAGGCGAGCGCGGGGGCGGCGCUGGCGGCGCGGCUGGUGGCGGUGCUGGAGAGCGUGGAGCGGCUGCCGGUGCUGGCGCCCGCGCCGGACGCGCCGCCGCACCAGCCCGCCGCGCUGCACCACCUCACCAAGAGGAUACGGCUUCGCGUUGAGAGGGCUGCAGAUGAAAAUACAGAAGAAUCCGUUACAAAUAAUAAUGCUGGUCGAAAUCUGAAGGUCGAAGCUCUGACCACGGUGCGACAGCUUGAGAGGUUUCUCGCUAAAUCUGUUGCGCGGCAGUGGUACGACAUGGAGCGAUCGACCUUCCAUUUUGUUCAGAAGAUUAAAUCUGAAGCACCUCUAAACUUUACGUAUGACCACGAUUUUGAUGAAAAUGGCGUUCUCUACUUCAUCGGGAGUAACGGCGGUACAAGCGAAUGGGUUAAUCCUGGUGCACACGGUCUUGUAAGCGUGUGGUCGUCUGAUGGUCGCCAGCUGCCGUACGGUCGCGCCGAAGAUGCCCUGUCUCGGUCGCCGGAACCCCUUAACGUACACACUAACGAUGAUAGGCGAGCCUUCAUAGCCGUCGAUCUUGGACUGCAUAUUGUUCCAACUGCGUACACUUUACGACACUCGCGUGGAUACGGGCGCUCUGCGCUCAGGAAUUGGUUGUUCCAAAUGUCGACGGACGGCGUGAGCUGGAGCACGCUGGUGGCGCACAGCGACGAGCAGGCGCUGCAGGAGCCCGGCAGCACGGCCACGUGGCGCGUGCGCGCCGACGCGCCCUACCGCUACCUGCGCGUGCAGCAGAACGGCAAGAACGCCAGCGGGCAGAGCCACUACCUGUCGCUGUCCGGCCUCGAGAUAUACGGCAAGGUGGUGAGCGUGGUGGAGGCGCCCCCGCGGCAGCUGGGCGCGCCGGGCGCGGCGGCCAGCGCGGGCGCGGGCGGCGCGCGCGCGCGGCGCUGGUCGCGCGGCGCGCGCGGCCUGGGCGCGGGCGCGCGCGUCAUGCGCGGCCCCGACUGGAAGUGGCGCGACCAGGACGGAGCGCAGCCCGCGCUCGGCACCGUCACCUCCGACCUGCACAACGGAUGGGUGGACGUCAGGUGGGAUCACGGCGGACGAAACUCGUACCGCAUGGGCGCCGAGGGCAAGUUCGACUUGAAGGUGGUGAGCGGCGGCUCGAGUGCGGGCGGGGCGGGCGGCGCGGGUGAGGCUCGUAGCUCGCGCAAGAGCCACUCCACGCCCAGUCUGCCGGACGCCACUGCCACCGACCAACAGGUGUCAGUAGCGUCGACGGAGCAGGCAUCGUCAGCGGACAACAUCUCAGAAGAGGUGGGCGGCAACAUGACGCGUCCGCGAACACACGCGACUGACCUGUCCGCCAUCAACACGUCCACGCACCACAUUAAUACGGAUUUAGCUACUAUUGUUGAGUCACUCACAUUGGGUGCUGAGGGCAAUAAUUGUAUGACUGAUUUGGGAAAUACCUCCUUCACAAACAUGGAAAUGGGACCCACGAGUAUAACAGACAUAACCAAACCUUAUCCAGCCAAAGAACCGCUGCCGGACUCUGCCUCUCAAGAGGCCGAGGCGCGCUGCUGCGACGGCGACGCGAUGCGCAACAGCGCCAACGCGCUGCUGUCCAGCGAGCUGCUGUCGCUGCCGUCGCUGCCGCCCGGCCUGCUGCACACGCUGCGCAACAACGCCAACCGCCUGCACAUACAGUGUGAAGAAAAUGAGAGCGGCGAGGGUCAGUUUGUUGAGCACAAAAAAGAUGGACAGGGUUCCGGUACGAUGAGCGCCAGCGAACCUGAUUUAACACAACAGGGCGCGGCACGGCUGUUGGAGUCUUUGGGCGUGGGUCGCGGCGCGGGCGCGGGCCGUGGCUCGGCGCAGCGUUCGACGCGUUCCAACCACUCCGCCGGACUGUUCCCGAGCUUGGUGCGCCUGGCGCUGUCCAGUAACUUCCCCGGCGGGCUACUGUCCGCAGCUCAAAGUUAUCCGUCUUUGGCGCCAAAUGCACAAAACGCAUUAACUCUUUCCCUGACUUCUACUUCGAGUGAAAGUGAACAGGUGUCAUUAGAAGAUUUCUUAGAGUCUUGUCGAGCGCCUGCGUUAUUAACGGAGCUAGAAGAUGACGACGAGGGAGAUGAUGCACUCGAUAGCGAUAAAGAAAACGAGCCUACUUAUCAGGAGGUGGUUUCGCGCAACCUGCUGUCUCUGAUGGAAGAAGAGGCGCUGGAGGCGGUGCGCGGCGCGGGCGGCGUGGGAGGCGCGGGAGGAGCGCGCUCGCGCAAGCCCUGGGAGGACGACUUCGUGCUCAAGCGGCAGUUCUCCGCGCUCAUUCCCGCCUUCGACCCGCGCCCCGGCCGCGCCAACCUCAACCAGACCGUCGAUCUAAACAUACCCCUGAACGACGAGUCCGACUCGGAGGAGGGCGCGGCGGGCGGCGCGGAGGCGGCGGCGGGCGGCGCGGAGGCGACGACGAGCGGCGCGGGCGAGCGGCGCGGCUGCGCGGCGCCCGCGCUGCGCCUGGCGCUGAGCGCGGCCGGCGCCACGCUGGCGCUGGAGCGGCCGGCCUGGACGCUUGGAAAAAUUCUAAUGCAAGUAAAGAUAUUUAUUUUAUAGUAUUUGAUAUGUUACAGGCUCUCAUACAAAGAAGUCGAAGGUACAGAAGCUUUCGCGUGUUCAAGUGAUAGUGAAGAUGAUGAACCUGGAGAUCCAGAGCGCAGCUCGGUGGGCGUGGCGGGCGCGGGCGGCGCGGAGGGCGCCACGCUGUCGUGCUGCGUGCGCGUGCUGCGGCGCCUGCGCGCGGCGGCGCCCGGCCUGCCCGCGCACGCCUUCCUGUCCACCAAGCUCACCAACAAGCUGCACCACCAGCUGCAGGACCCGCUCACGCUGGCCGCGGCCGCUACUCCGCCCUGGUGCCAGCAAUUGAUCGAUUGGUGUCCAUUCCUGUUUCCGCUCGAGACGCGGCAGAUGUUCUUCGCGUGCACCGCCUUCGGGACCUCGCGCACGAUCGUGUGGCUACAAGCGCAAAGGGACCGCGCGUUGGACAGGCAGAGAACGGGUAAUACGGUGUCACCGAGACGUGCCGAUUUAGAGGCGACCGAAUUUCGUAUGGGUCGUCUGAGGCACGAGCGAGUGCGCAUACCCCGAAGUCCCAAUCUGCUACGCUCCGCUAUGCAGGUGAUGCAAGUGCACGCGGGUCGCAAGUCCGUGCUGGAGGUGGAGUUCGCGGACGAGGAGGGCACGGGGCUGGGGCCCACGCUCGAGUUCUACGCGCUCGUGGCGGCCGAGCUGCAGCGCGCCGACCUGUGCAUGUGGCUGUGCGACGCGCCCGCCACUGACGCGCCCGACUCGGCGCCGCUGCCUCUCACGCUACCCGACGAAAAACCUGCCGGUUACUAUGUGAUGCGAGCGGGUGGACUGUUUCCGGCACCGUUGCCGCAGGAGUCUCCUAUCUGUGAUAAAGUUUGCAAAUAUUUCUGGUUCCUAGGGGUAUUUUUAGCUAAGGUGUUACAAGACGGGCGUUUAGUCGAUCUUCCUUUAUCCGAGCCUUUCUUACGUAUAAUGUGUGGCGAGGAAUUGACAAAUGAUGACUUGAAAGACAUUGAUCCUAUUAGACAUAAGUUCCUUGCGAGCGUAUUAGAAGCAGCUGACCAGUACGAUUCCUUACUACGCGACGCUUCACUCACGGAGAGUGAACGAGAGAGACGCAUCGCUGAGCUGACGGUGGAAGGCGCCACGUUCGACCAGCUGUCUCUCACCAUGACGCACGUGGCGUCCAACACUGCACCCGAGCUCGCGUUACAUCCGCUUUGCGAUGGCGGGGAGCACAUUGAGGUGGGGCCGGGCAACGCGCGCGCGUACGCCGAGGCCGGCGCGCGCUGGAUGGUGGCGGGCGGCGUGGCGCGGCAGACGCGCGCGUUCCGGCGCGGCUUCGCGGCCGUGUUCCCGCCGCGCCGCCUGCGCGCCUUCUCGCCGCCCGAGCUGCGCCUGCUGCUGUGCGGCGAGCGCGGGCCCGCCUGGACGCGCGACCACCUGCUGCAGUACACCGAGCCCAAGCUGGGCUACACGCGCGACAGCCCCGGGUUCCUGCGGCUGGUGGACGUGCUGGUGGAGAUGUCGUGGCGCGAGCGCAAGGCCUUCCUGCAGUUCGCCACGGGCUGCAGCAGCCUGCCGCCCGGCGGGCUCGCCAACCUGCACCCGCGCCUCACCGUCGUCAGGAAGGUCGACGCAGGAGAUGGCUCCUAUCCUUCGGUGAAUACGUGCGUUCAUUAUUUAAAACUGCCGGAAUAUUCGUGUAAGGAGGUAUUACGCGAAAGAUUGCUUGCUGCAACCAACGAGAGAGGUUUUCAUCUCAAUUAAAUUCUGUUAUGAUUCGACUCUAUUUUCAUAAAUUAAUAAAUAUAAUACACGAAAUGCCGCUUUUGUAACCAUAUCGGCACUAAUUGAAAUUCACUGAUAUUGUGCACGUUGCAAUGCUUAUUUCAUACAUAAUAGGUAAUUAAUUGUAACUAUUAACAAUUUAUGAAUGAUUAUUAUUGAUGAUUUGUCGUUUAUUUUAUAGAUUCUAUAUUAUAUAUAAGGUAAUGCGUGUUCAGUGCGUGUUUAACUUAAACAUGUCUUUUUCUCUCGUGUACUUUGCUGAAAGUUGUGAAAAUAUGAUAGAGGCUUUCCAUAAUCAAGCAACCAGAUGUGAUCUCGCCAUCGUUUAAUUACAAAAGUAUAUUCACAAUUUUUUGAAUGAUUUUUAUACUACUUAAAUAAUUUCUGUAAAAUAAAAAUAUAAAAAGUGUUUAGGCUAUAAGUUUAAAUAGUUCUUGAUUUUACUCUAAAAUUUAUUUAAUUUGAUAUCAUUAGGAAAGCAAAAAUAACAUCACGGUAUAUUUAAAGGACAUGCUUUUAUAUAUUUGGAGUUAUAUAAAAUUUAUAAACAGAAAUUUACUUUAUGACUUCUUAAUUGAUCACAACUUGUUCAUUUAGUUGUAACAAUAACUGUUUUGUCCAUUUUAUAUAAAGAAACGGUUGUAUUCUUGUGUUUUGUUUAUUACAUAAAAAUUCAAUUUUCAAUACCAACACUCAAUAUUAUUAAAAAAAAUGUGAAACUAUUAUAUGAGCUCUUAUAUAUAAAACGUCGCAAUUUUUGGACUGAAAAAUUAAUUGGUGAAUAUUAUUUCGAUGGUGUGUAACACUUGUUAAUUGUGUGAAAUGAUUAGCUGUAUGUCGUUCCUUUAAUUAAAUAUUUUUUUGUCAACUUAAA